AUGAAAUUUCUGUUGGUUUUUGAUUUUGACCAUACAAUCAUAGAUGAAAAUAGUGAUACCUGGAUUGUGAAAUGUGCUCCUGAGAAAAAACUCCCUAAUGGAUUAAGAAACUCCUACCAACCAGGACAUUGGACAGAAUAUAUGGGCAGAGUCUUUGUCUACUUGGGAGAGAAUGGCGUCAAAGAAGAUGACAUGAAAAGAACCAUGACAACAAUUCCUUUCACUGCAGGAAUGGUUGAUCUUCUGGAUUUUAUUGGUGAGAACAAAGAGUUGUUUGACUGCAUCAUUGUUUCAGAUUCUAAUGCAGUAUUUAUUGACUGGAUUUUGAAAGCUGCUGACUUCCAUAAGCUGUUUGAUGAAGUGUUUACAAACCCUGCAGCAUUCAGCAGUACUGGCUACCUUACUGUACAGAACUUCCACACUCAUCAUUGUGCAAAGUGCCCUAAAAACCUUUGCAAAAGGAUGGUUUUGAAAGAAUUUCUAGAUAAGCAGUUGGAGCAAGGAGUGUGUUAUGCCCGAAUUGUAUAUAUAGGUGAUGGUGGGAAUGACUUAUGUCCAGUAAUGUUUUUGAAGAAGGAUGACAUUGCUAUGCCCAGGCAGGGGUAUACCUUGGAGAAAAAGCUUUCUCAGCUGGCCCAAGAUCUCAAUCCUGUAGAAUGUUCUGUUCUGGUUUGGUCAUCUGCUGCUGACAUUAUGUCUUAUCUGAAACUGCUUACAAAAGAAUAAUUCCAAUGAUAAAAAUAAACUAAUAUAGCUAUACUUUAUCUUCCUGGGAGAGAAAAACUACAUGUAUAUGA